AAAAAUGGAACCACGAAAGGAAGAAUCCAGUGAUAGCUUCCAUGGCAGUUUGGAAGAUACCGAGGAGAUGACGUCUAAAGACAUUCAUAUGCUCAACCACAUGAAGAAGGUUACUAAAAGAUCUCAAACCAAGAUCAUACUAGAUGCAGAGAAAAGUCAAAAUAAAAAGAAAAUGGCCAAAGGUAAAGAGGCAGCGGGAAAGAUCAAGCUUUCAAAGCUCUCUAGCUCUGAUCAUGACUCAGAGGAGAUCUCUGAUUGUAAUGAAAAUAUCGAAGAAAAUAAUAAUCUGGAGGUGAAGAAAGUCCGAGCAUCUCCAUAUAGAGGUGGGCACUAUGAGACUGAGCCAAAACCCACCCGUGUAUUCGAUUUUAGGAUUAUAGACCACUGAGAUGUCGAUGGCGUCCUCAUUCAUGAUAAUAAUAAGCCUUUAGUUAGGAAUUCUGUCUAUCGAGGGGCCCCUAAGAUAGAUGAGGCUAAGUACCAAGAAGAGGAGAGCACACCAAUCCCUAAGGCUAAGUUCAUCAUUGAUGAAACUAUUGAAUAUGUCAAGGACUCUUCAUCAGAGAAUUUUACAGAACAGGUCUUAGGCUCCAUCCUGGAGACCAAUGCUUCUGAAGUCAUGUAUUUUCAGAAUCCUGAGGGUGACAAGAAAGAAGACUCCGAAGAAUUUUUAGUCACUGGGUCUACUAAUGACAGCCCAAUGCUCAAAAAGCAGAGUAUCUCUACAGGUGAAAUAGAGAAUGACUACCAGCUUAGCAAGAUGGUCGUAGUCACCAAGAGCCAGAAUAAUAGUGGAACCAGUGGCAAGAAAAAUUUCAUGGACUCAGAAGAUGACUACCUUAAUAAUAACAAUGAAGAAUACGUUAUAUUGGCAAGCCCUGGUUGCGAAGUAAUCAAAACUUGGAGAGUCAAAAAUAUGGCUGACCACAAAUGGCCGAAGGAGCCUUAUCUCAAACCUCAGAAAUCUUGGGUAUCCUGUGAACUACCAGUGCUCAGAAGGCUUCUCUCUGGAGAAGAGAUGGAGAUAUCAGUAAGGAUCUUCAUUGAUGAAGAAGCUCUUGAUGGCUCAGUUAUCCACUAUACUUUCUUUGUAUGCACAAAGAAGUACCAGAAUAUCGGUGAAGCACUCAAUGUCACAGUCAAAGUUGACAAGAAAAAGUUCAAUGACAGAAUUAAGGCUAAGAGAGAACGAGAGGCAUACAUGAAGGAAAUCAGUGUGAAACAGUUUAACAAGAUGUUUACUCAUAAGCCAAAGCAUUAAGAAUUCAUUCUGAAUAACUCUUCUUCAAUUUAAA